UACAGAAGGCCGCGUCUGCAGAUAGUCUCCCCCGGGCUCUGUGACCUUCUCAGAUCUCCGCAGACACCAACAAGUCACCUCUGUGCAGCCAGAUACCGUGGUCGCAAUGACCAGCCAUGGGGCUCGGUGGUCACUACAGGUUCUGAGGAGGCAAAUGGCGACAGGUUCCCACGGCGAGGGGCCGGGCGGUGCUCGCACCUGGAAGAUCCUGACCUUUGUGGUGGCUCUGCCGGGUGUCGGGGUCUGCAUGCUGAACGCCUGGCUGAAGAAGCAGAACGAGCAGCACCACACCCCAGAGUUUCUCCCCUAUGAUCACCUGCGUAUACGGACUAAGCGUUUCCCUUGGGGGGAUGGAAAUCACUCCUUAUUCCACAACCCACACGCCAACCCACUUCCCACGGGGUAUGAGGAGCCGAAGCACUGACGUCUCCGGGGUCACAAUCCGGCCUGACCCAGACUGAGGGGCCUCAUUGUCUGCCAGCGUCCUGCUUGAGGAGAUGAGAGAAUUCGCCGGCAAUAAACCUGACUUUCUAUCACUGCA